AUGAAGACCCCAUCUACACGCGUCGAGCCUGCGAAGGCACAGAAACCGUACAAUGACACCAAGAGACCCAGACAGCGUACGGCAAAGAUUCAGAAACCCGUCGCGCCCCCUAGCUUGCCAGCAGUAUCAGCAUCAUCGACUCCCUCAGGCUCUUCCACGCAACAAGCUCCUGCCCCCGGAACCGAACAUUUCCGUAAGAUAUGCGCGGAGAAAGUCCGCGAAAACUACCCUGGUCUUGAGCCUCGCUGCGAUUUCGACCUUCUACAACUCGCGACCAGAAUUCUCAAAGGCACCCACGCAGAGAUAUACGCGGCAUUGGACGAAGACCUCGCGAUGAAUGUCGGGCUCCACGGAUAUGAACUCACUACUGGGGAAGCCACAAAGCUUCUGGACAGUUAUAUUGAGCCUACUGGGGCAAAACCUGGAAGUUCGGCCUGCUUCGGCGGGGACGAGUUUGUGUUCAUACGGCCGAUCCCCGAAUCCAAGUACUCUCUCAGGCUGUUUCCCGGCUCACUAUCCGCCGCCGAGUACUGCUUGGACUUCGUUGAUGCGGCAGGGAAACCCGUCAACUCGCCCUUCGAAUUCGAACUCUGGGGCGUACCUGACCCGGAUGCGCCGUGGCUGUCGAUGCCUGCCCCCGGAAAGCUCUGGUCGAUCGAGCAUACAUUCGGCAUCAAGCAACAGGAGAUCCCGCCCGGCGCAGAGAAAUUUAUCCUACGGGACGGACAGACGUGUAUGCUGAUGCGUCCGGGGAAGCGACCCCUUCGUUUUACGGUACCACUACGGAGAGUCGAUAGCACCCAAGAAGAUGUUGAUGUGGUCGACCUGCCUAAGGUCAUCGGGUAG